GGAUCAGCUGGCGGGCGGGCGGGCGCCGAACGCGGCCCCGGCUCUCGCUGCAGCGCCGCCUUCUCUCCUUGUCGCAGGCCGGCCCGGCGGCCGUGACAAUGUUGCGGCGCUGGUAGCUGGGCGCCGGCCGCCAAGCCAUCUCAAGUUUAAACUUACACGAAUCGCUCUUUUGAGGAGGAGGGGACCGCCGCGCGAUUGACACGCAUAUUCCUAUAGGCAUCCUCCCUCAGCCCCCACCCCCUCGGCCGGAUUCGGGUGGCUCCUCUCCUAGCUGAAAUCCGAGAAGAAAUCCUUGGAUCUCUUGUUAAAAAAAAAAAAAAAAAUCUAGAAACCGUCGGUAUUUUGCUUUACUGCUUCCUUUUCGCAAGAUGAAGAAGUUUUUCGACUCCCGGCGAGAGCAGGGCGGCUCUGGCCUGGGCUCUGGCUCCAGCGGAGGAGGGGGCAGCACCUCGGGCCUGGGCAGUGGCUACAUCGGAAGGGUCUUUGGCAUUGGGCGACAGCAGGUCACUGUGGACGAGGUGUUGGCGGAAGGUGGAUUUGCUAUCGUGUUUCUGGUGAGGACAAGCAAUGGGAUGAAAUGUGCCUUGAAACGCAUGUUUGUCAACAAUGAGCAUGAUCUCCAGGUGUGCAAGAGAGAAAUACAGAUAAUGAGGGACCUGUCGGGGCACAAGAACAUCGUGGGUUACAUUGACUCCAGUAUCAACAAUGUGAGUAGCGGUGACGUGUGGGAAGUGCUCAUUCUGAUGGACUUCUGCAGGGGAGGCCAGGUGGUCAACCUGAUGAACCAGCGCCUGCAAACAGGUUUUACAGAGAAUGAAGUACUCCAGAUAUUUUGUGACACCUGUGAAGCUGUUGCCCGCCUGCAUCAGUGCAAAACUCCUAUUAUCCACCGUGACCUGAAGGUUGAAAAUAUUCUCUUGCAUGACCGAGGCCACUACGUCCUGUGUGACUUUGGAAGUGCUACCAACAAAUUCCAGAAUCCACAAACUGAAGGAGUCAAUGCAGUAGAAGAUGAGAUUAAGAAAUACACAACGCUGUCCUAUCGAGCACCAGAAAUGGUUAACCUGUACAGUGGCAAAAUCAUCACUACGAAGGCAGACAUUUGGGCUCUUGGAUGUUUGUUGUAUAAAUUAUGCUACUUCACUCUGCCAUUUGGAGAGAGUCAAGUGGCAAUUUGUGAUGGAAACUUCACAAUUCCCGAUAACUCUCGAUAUUCCCAAGAUAUGCAUUGCCUAAUUCGGUAUAUGUUGGAACCAGACCCUGACAAAAGGCCAGAUAUUUACCAGGUCUCCUACUUCUCAUUUAAACUACUCAAGAAAGAAUGCCCAAUUCCAAAUGUACAGAACUCUCCCAUUCCUGCAAAGCUCCCUGAACCAGUGAAAGCCAGUGAGGCAGCUGCAAAAAAGACCCAGCCAAAGGCCAGACUGACAGAUCCCAUUCCCACCACAGAGACUUCAAUAGCACCCCGCCAGAGGCCUAAAGCUGGGCAGACUCAGCCCAACCCAGGAAUCCUUCCCAUCCAGCCAGCCCUGACACCUCGAAAGAGGGCCACAGUUCAGCCCCCACCUCAGGCCACAGGAUCCAGCAAUCAGCCUGGCCUUUUAGCCAGCGUUCCUCAACCAAAACCCCAGCCUCCACCCAGCCAACCCCUACCGCAGUCUCAGCCCAAGCAGCCCCAGGCUCCGCCCACCCCACAGCAGCCGCCUUCCACGCAGGCCCAGGGUCUGCCCACCCAGGCCCAGGCCACACCCCAGCACCAGCAGCAGCUCUUCCUUCAGCAGCAGCAGCAGCAGCAGCAGCAGCAGCAGGCGGCACCGCCUCCUGCACAGCAGCCAGCGGGCACAUUCUACCAGCAGCAGCAGCAGCAGGCCCAGGCUCAGCAGUUUCAGGCAGUACACCCUGCAGCCCAGCAACCAGCGAUCGCUCAGUUCCCCGUGGUAGCCCAAGGAAGCUCUCAACAGCAGCUGAUACAGAGCUUCUACCAGCAGCAGCAGCUGGCCACAACCCUGCAUCAACAACAGCUGCUGACUCAGCAGGCUGCCUUGCAGCAGAAGACCGCAGUGGUAGCCCUACAGCAGGCCCAGGCACAGCCAGCCACAGCCCCCCAGCCAGCCCCUGCCCAGGAGCCAGCGAUUCAAGCCCCCAUAAGACAACAGCCAAAGGUUCAGACAACCCCACCUCCUACCAUCCAGGGGCAGAAACUCGGAUCUCUCACUCCUCCAUCGUCCCCCAAGGCCCAGCGUGCUGGGCACAGGCGGAUUCUCAGCGACGUGACCCACAGCGCAGUCUUUGGGGUCCCUGCCAGCAAAUCAACCCAGCUGCUCCAAGCAGCUGCAGCUGAGGCCAGUCUCAAUAAGUCCAAGUCUGCAACCACCACUCCUUCAGGCUCCCCUCGGGCCUCCCAGCAAAACGUUUAUAAUCCUUCAGAAGGUUCUACAUGGAAUCCCUUUGACGACGACAAUUUCUCCAAACUCACAGCUGAAGAACUGCUGAACAAGGACUUUGCCAAGCUGGGGGAAGGCAAACAUCCUGAGAAGCUUGGAGGCUCAGCUGAGAGUUUGAUCCCAGGCUUUCAACCAGCCCAAGGUGAUACUUUUGCCGCUUCCUCAUUUUCUGCUGGAACUGCUGAAAAAAGGAAGGGUGGGCAGACUGUGGAUUCUAGCCUUCCUCUUCUAAGUGUAUCUGAUCCUUUCAUUCCUCUUCAAGUACCUGAUGCACCAGAAAAACUAAUCGAGGGACUCAAAUCUCCUGACACUUCUCUUCUGCUCCCUGACCUCUUGCCUAUGACAGAUCCUUUUGGUAGCACUUCUGAUGCUGUAAUUGAAAAAGCUGAUGUUGCUGUUGAGAGUCUGAUACCAGGACUGGAGCCCCCGGCGGCCCAGCGCCUCCCCUCUCAGACGGAAUCUGUGACCUCAAACCGCACAGAUUCUCUCACCGGGGAAGAUUCCCUGAUUGAUUGCUCUCUGCUUUCUAACCCUACUACUGACCUUCUGGAAGAAUUUGCCCCCAUAGCGAUCUCUGCUCCUGCCCAUAAAGCUGCAGAAGAUAGUAAUCUCAUCUCAGGUUUUGAUGUCCCUGAGGGCUCGGACAAGGUGGCAGAAGAUGAGUUUGACCCUAUUCCUGUAUUGAUAACCAAAAACCCACAAGGUAUCCAGAGAGAGCCCAAUCCCUAUCCUGUAAUAACUGUAGAGCACUUUAAAGAAUCAACGGGUUUUAAAGACCUUCCCCUGUAUCCAGACCCCUCCAGAGUACCUGGAAUGAAAACUCAGAACAAUUUAGAAUAUGACUACUUGGCCCGAGAUGGCCCUUCCAGCAACAGCUCGUUCCACAGCAGUGAAGAGGAAGGGACCGACCUCGAGGGGGACAUGCUGGACUGCAGUGGGUCUCGACCUCUCCUCUUGGAGUCGUCAGAAGAGGAUGAGAGCUGCAGGCCUCCGCAGGGGAAGCUGGGAGGAACCACUCCCUUCAGUCAGCCAGAAGUCUCUCCUGAGCAAGCCAAGGCAGCGCAAGGUGGAAGAAAGAACCAGUUCGGAGCCCUCACGCAGCCAACCGCUGAUGGACUCGGUGAGCCAGAUGUUUUCGCCACUGCUCCCUUCAGGAGCUCGAGGGUUCCCGCGGAUGACGUGGACAUUUUCACCAAAGCCCCAUUUGUCUGCAAGGGCAGCGUGGCUCCUUCCCAGCCAGAGGAGGCGGACGUGUUCUUGAGAGCUCCUUUCACUAAGAAGAAAAGCAUGGAGGAGUUAACCGUUGCCCAGAGCGCCUCCCCGGAGUCUCCUGCGCAGCCCGGUCUCCUCCGUCAGACCAAUGACAUCCCUCUGCUCCCGGGCCUUGAUCGAGCCGUGCAUCCCUCUGUCCGAGCUCAGUAUUCCAUGGCUGGUUUUGCCCAACCGUCUAACCACCCCUCCCAUCCUGUACAAGCAGCAGACCAUCUUGACAGCGUCUCUCCCAGGGGCACCUCUCUGGAAUCUGGCGCCCAUCCUAAUGACAGAAACAAAGGACCUCAGCCCCAGAAAGAAUCUGUCUCAGGCCCCGUGGCUGGCAAACCAUUCCGCCCCCAGUCUUUAUCCAAAUAUUCCCGUCACUAUAGCCCAGAAGAUGAGCCAAGUCCAGAGGCCCAGCCCAUCGCUGCCUACAAAAUUGUUUCGCAAACCAAUAAGCAGUCGAUAGCUGGCUCUGUUUCCAUCACAUCCCUUUCCUCCAGGACUACGGAGCUGCCAGCUGCUGAUCCUUUUGCUUUAGCACCCUUUCCUUCGAAAUCAGGCAAGCAGAAACCUUAGGAGCCAUACCUGAGCCUUAGGCCUCUGUCUCUACCCCACCCUUAGUACCCACCACAUCACUCCCAGCUGAGCCUUCCUAAGAAGAAAUAUUGACAUAUCAAUUAUUAUCUUUCAGUUCCAUGAGUCAGCAGGAAUUCUUCAGUCAGCAAACUCAGUCGAGGUGAUAACUUAGUUGAAACUCCUUUAAGUUAUGCUCAAUUCUUUUGUUUAUAUUGAUUUCUGGACUUAUAGGCAUUUCCAUCUCCACCUCCACCCAGAGCUCUGCUUUUUGUUGUUUGCCUAGAAACUGUUUAAGUCUAGAACUACUUCCCAGUAAAUCCAGAAAUAACUUCCCAAAGGGGCCAUGUUAUUGCUAGUUUGACUCCUGUAGUUCCUGUUCUGAGUCAUGUCUAUCAAGGAAUCAAGAUGAGUUCUUCCCGGACUUGGUUUCGUACUCUUGAAAAGGGUAUAUUUCAGGAAAGAAAACCAGAUAAAAAUUCUGCACAUCAAAAGGAAGUGUAAUCCCGCAGAUACUAAUCAUUCCUGUGAAGCCGGCAGCUCUAGAAGGAUUCUCUGGAUCUGAGUCUGUGCAAGCCACACUGGUCCUCGUGCAUGAGUGUCUGUGGGUGUGUGACGUGUGUCAGAUCCUUUCCUUUGCAGAAAUGCAAACAGAUAUCUAUGCUCAUGUCUAAUAGUGUUGAGCCUUCCCCAUGUGCACACUUGAAAAAUUCGUGUGAGCGCACAGCUAUGUGUGUGCAUGUCUGUGUGCACAGGAAACAUUCUUCCUUUAGCUAAACCCUGUCCCACCUCGCGUACCUCCACAAUCACUCAUUUGCUGACAUUGGUCUCCUGACCUAACUGACUUGAACCCUGUUUUUAUUGAGUUCUUUUCUCAUGGCAAAAUUGAAUUCAUUGGAAUGUAUAGGAAAAUCCUGUUGGAACUGAAGUUUCUAAGUAGAUUUUUUUUUCCCUCUAGAAUUUGCUGUGAACAAAUUCCAUUUACACAGCCUUGAAAAAUUAAUUAUCCUUAUACAGUUCCCCCUCAGAACAAUAGAAAAGAGCACAAUGUUACAGUUCCAAACACUGGGUUUGUGGUCUAAGUAAUUUUAAAAAGUACUUAAAAACCUUAGGUCUGAGCACUCCAUGCUGUCAAUAGGAAAUUAAUUAAUCAUGAGACUAGGCUACAAACUAGAUUUGCUUGUUUGUUUUUCCACAUCCUUGUCACCUUUGUCUACUGCUUCUUGAGGAAAUAGAAAUCUGAGACAUGUAAAUAAGUUUGGGAGAAAGGAAAAGAGCUGAACCAGCCAGCCAUGAAAACCUUUCAGUUCUCUCUGUCCCCUUGGAUGCUAAAGUAGGUCAGAUAGGUGCCUCACUUGUGUUUUUGAAAUGUCUUGUGUUUCUGGAAAGAUCUGACUUAUUCUUGGCUGUUUUCAUACCCUUUAUUAUUAGUGCCUUAAAAUGAAACUUAUGUCUCAGUGGGAAGACUUCUGCUGAAGAUGUUCAAUUUCCUAUUUCAACUUGAAAGCUUCCUGUGACUUGUAGUAAAUGUUAGUGAUUUCUCCAUUAGCUGGAGAUGUUGGGAGAGUUGCUUACCAACCCAGAUUAAUGAAUUAAGGAUUAUGGGAAAUUUGUCCAAGAAUCAAGCCUGAAUGCCAAACUCAACUGCAGUUAAGUGUCACACUUUUAAAUUUGAAGUUCAGGGAUCUUGGCAGUAAAAUAUGAACAGACACUUUUCAAGACAUUUUCUAGUUUAGUCUCCACCUAUUUCAGCUGUCCAGGUUAAAAGAUAAAUGUAAAUAAUAGGUACUGGAUCAGGGCUCCUAGCAAUGAUUUUCCAACUGAGGUUUCAGCAGUGCUGGUCCUUCACUUUUAUGGAUGUUAAAUGUUCGUUGGGCUUUUCUCCCAAUGAUCAUUUCUGAAUUUUCUGUGUAACAGUGGAUGUAGAAUCAUCUUUCUAUUUGAAUAGUUUUGGCUAACAGGUGUGGAACUUAGCACCCCAAGCUCUUCCCUUGCCUUUAUCAAUUAAAGCCUUCACGUGCAGGAGUGAAAAGGAUGGGAAUAUUCAAGGAGAGUUCUCACCCCAGAAACUCUUAAAGCAGAAGGUCAUUCUAAUUCACCAGAGGUGUUCAGGAUUACCUCUGUAACAGCCCUGCAAAAUGACUUUUCCUUUGGUUAUUUGAUCACUCCCCUUCCGAUCAUUUUAGUUCUCAAGGUGAAAAUCAAUAAAAUCUUGGUCAUUUUAUUACAUAAUUGAAUCAUUUGUCAAGCUGUGCUUGUAAUCCUUUUUUAUUCUCACUGGAGACCUAUGAUGGCUGGAGACUCUAAAUACCUUUUGUGAACAAGAAAUGAAUAUAAACACUUGCAGAUUACUUUUGUGGUGUUCUUACUGAAUGAUGCAUGAAAAUUUUAGGACUAUCGGAUUACAUUAAUUAUUAGUUAAUAACUAGUGAACUCUGCGCUGAUCUUCUCUGGAUCAUAUAGAGUAAAUGCAUCAUGUAAAGACACAAUGUUCUUGGGGCUUCCCUGGCGGUCCAGCGGUUAGGACUCCACACUCCCAGUGCAGGAGGCAUGGGUUCAAUCCCUGGUCAGGGAACUAAGAUCCCGCAUGCUGCACGGCGUGGCCAAAAAAUUAAAAAAUAAUAAAGAUAAAAUGUUCUUGCCAGAGUCCAUCCUGAAUCUGGAAAUCUGGAAAAUUUUCGUUUUAAGGGAAUCAGGAGUGCUCAGGGCGCUUUGAAUUAGUAGCGAAUGCAUGUUUCCAACAACUACUGCCUUAGGUUAACACUAAGGAGAAAAAGAAAACAUAUAGUCAACAAAAUACUGCAUUACUUGUUUUAGUUUGUUUUACGUGUUACUUGCUUUACACAUAUACAGAAUGCAGGAACCUGUGACCUUUCAUUUCAGUGGAGCACAAUGAGCCAGGGUACAUUUAGACAUAAAGCAUUGACCCGCGGCAUGCACUAAUGAACUCUUAAAGGAUCCACACUAAUGGACUAACAGGCACUAUUGAAUUCAUGAAGUUAUCUUACGUGUGGUGAAAAAUAUUUAGCAUGUCUGUUUCUUGGGUUCACACACAGAUAACCCUUUAGCUCCAAAUCCUGGUUAGAUUGGAAAAUGGAAUGAACAAAAUCUGACGCUUGAAGCAGAUGCAGAGCAGGACCCAAAGAAAUCUAGGUCACAAACUCCAUUUCGUUUUGGGCCCACUCAUUGUUGAGUUGAAAAUUUCAUAUGUGUGGACUGGUAUAUAUGUAUUCACUCGCCCAUGUUAGGUCUGAGUUUAACCUGGCAACCUUUGUGAACUGUCAAGAAAAACACCAGUAUCUUAUUGACCCAUUAUUUAGUAAGUUUUAGAAUACACGUACAUCAAUGUUUUCAACUAUUUGGUGGACAUUUCGCUGACUCAAAAAGUAGCGGAUUUCAGUUUUCUUUAAAAUAGGUGUAAUCACCAGAGUGAUUCUGACAAUAGAAAUUCGAUCAUGCUGUAUUUGCUUCCCUAAGGAAGUUGUCAAAACAUAGGUUAUAUAGUAUGUAUGCAUCCUAUCAAAUAGGAAAUUUUAUUAUAGGAAACUAGAGAAAGGUGAGAUCCAACUCACUCUUUAGCAGGAAGGAUACUACCUAAAAUGGAGUCCCUUGGGUCCCUUUAAUAAAGAAAGAUGUUAUUCUCUGCUGUGUGUUUGGAAUUAAAAUUGGAGAACACAGGCCAGUCAAGUUCGGAAUUGCUGCUGGUCACACAGAUGCAGUUUUCUAUGAGAAAUUUGGAACCCAGAUUAUUCUGAUGAAAGGUACAUAGGAGAGCCUCUGAAGAGACCACAGCUUGUAAGGAGGCAAGAGCUCCUUGUAAAUGCCCACAGCCAUCCCUGAGUUCUAAUCCUCCAAUCCUGCUUUCUGGAGUAAACAUGAAGAUUUUAAAUGUAAUCAUGUAAAUUUAAAUUCUUGCUUUUUCCGGUGACUGUCGACUACUUGUUUGUUGGUUGGUUUUGUUUGUUUUAACCACCAGAACACUUGCAAACUUGUGAAGUUCACUUAAGGAGGAUUUCAAAAUGCUUGAAAAUAAAAAGUAUCUGGCUGGGAAUUGUUUUUGUGUUCUUUUGCUACAAGAUAAAUUUGCUAGGCUGUGAAAACAACUAGCUGCUCAGCUUCGAUGUGGGAAUCCACACUGGCAGUGUCUUGAUUGCCAGGACGCCAUCUUGCUCUCUGACUUCCUGGUCCUACCAGCCUCAUUUGCACCUUGACCUUUAUUAGGAAACAGGCCUCCCACAUGUGAUGCCCAGAUCCCAUCUUUAAACUGCCAGCCACAGGUCUUUCCUGCUUUUUCUCUACCCCUGCAAGUCUUCCUGGCUCACCUUCCUUGUUCAUUUCCUCACUUGACAUUCCCCUAUUAUAAUCGUACCAAUAAGUGGGGAGUGAGAGGUAUGACUGAAUGAAUGAUCAUGCUAAUUUUUAUUUGCCUCCCUUGUUACUGUAAACAGUUUUUUCUUAAAUUUUAGCCUAGCCUGUGAUAAUCUCACCACACUGGAAUAAUUCCAAAUAAGAGUGAAAUGGCUCACCUUCCCCUUUUCUUAGGGACUAGAAGAAAGGAUGAAGGAAGGUUGGCAGAAGCCCAGCCUCACUCUGGAGACAGCCCAGAAACCUCAUGCUCUCUGCCUUGAUCUAACACAGGCCCAGAGUGCCCUAGAAUGCAGGGGCAAGUUUAUGUUUGAAGGGACUCCGGGGUAGCUUGUAAAAAGGGCUAAAUGGGGAAAUUCCCUGGUGGUCCAGUGGUUAAGACUCUGUGCUUUCACUCCCGUGGGCCCAGGUUCGAUCCCUGGUCAGGGAACUAAGAUCCCACAAGCCAAAAAAAAGAGGCUAAAUGUUAACCAGCACACUGGUGGCUUAGUCCAGUAUUCCUGUAACUUGUAAUUCCAUAAGAAAUUUAGUCUGAGUUACUUCUCUGCAAUCUCAGUAUGAGUGAAACAGUGUUUUGAGUUUAUAAUAACAAUGUUUUUUUCUUGAAAUUAAGUCAAUGUCAUCUACAUUGCAUUUAAUAGAACCAUAUAUACGUGUUAGAGGGAUCUAUGUGAUUCCUUUUGGUAAGGAAUUACAGAAGUGGUUUUUUUACCAAUGUCAGUUAAAGUGAGAUUUUGGGAGUGAGAGAAGACAAUAUCACCCUCCCACUCUGAAAUGGCGAGUCAGUUGUAUCUGAGUCCACCAAAGACUCCUGUUUGAGGAGUGUGAUUGGAGUGUGUGUGUGUAUCCUCAUGCUUUCUGCCAUGGUGUUGAAGACCUCCUAAUGAAGGCAUCCAAAGAAUACCAAGAGGUGACAGUAGGUAUUUGAAAUGAGUAAAUUCAGUUCCGUUAGCCUACCGAGUUAGAACUGGAGUUGUACUGGACAACGGUGAGAGAAAGCAGCCAUUGCCUUAGACUCAUUUCCACAGUAAGCACGCUCUUCUCAUCCACAAGGAUAAAACUCAGUAGGGUUUGACCUAAACUCUCAUGUGUGGUAUUGGGAGGGCAGUAGUGAGCAGAAUACUACAAGGCCUGCAAUAUGUUACUUUGAAAGAGGGAAUAUUUAACGUCAUUUGUUAGGGGAUAGGAAUGGAAUAAAGGCCAAGGACCGUGCUCGUUCCAAGCAGAAGAGGUGAACGAACUCCUACUGACUAUAUUUUGAGUUGACUGAAUGAGGAGGUCGACCCAGCUGUAAGGAGUGUUGAGGUCAUCAGACCUCAGGAAACAAUAUGUGCAUACAAUCUCAAGGUCUGUGAACAUGAGAAAGGGAAAAAACAUUUAUAGAGUUAAUCUUAACAGUUCUUGCAAUACCUCUUUUUUGCAGACUCUUGGGUUUAUGUUAUUGCACCCUUUGUGUGAGCUAUCUUAUGUAUCUGAUAGUUUUUAUGAAUACUUGUUUGAGUUGUAAACUCCUGUACACUUUAUUAAAAUGGACCUAAUUAAAAUAAA